UCAUAGGGGAACAGCUCAAUCAUUCGUUGAAAGUUUUGCGUUCAGACGAAGAUUUUGCCUUUGGACCAGCCAUUUUAUCAGAUUACGUGUUGAGAAUUUGAGAUCCACGCGAGUUCGAAGUCAUUCUGCGAGCUCUUCAGCCCUCUAUCGUUACAAGAGAAGUGUUGCAACCAAGUCUGCAAGAAUGACCAAUCUGCUAUUGAUAACAUCUUGCCUAAUGGCCAUGGGAUUUUUUGCCGAAUUAUGUGAAACAUCUCCAGUUGACACGAUCGAGGGAGCGGCUCUUAAGAUUGCGGCAUUCAACGUCCAAAUAUUCGGGGAAAGGAAAAUGAAAAAGGCAUUGGUCAGAGAAAUAUUACUCAAGGUGAUCUUGAGAUAUGAUAUCAUACUGAUUCAAGAAAUUCGUUCAAAAUCAGAUGGACCGAUAAACGAGUUGUUAGCAGAUGUCAAUAAGUUUUCAUCUCCCCGAGGCGUCUACAAGAUGGGGUUGAGCACCAGGCUUGGUCGCUCAGUAAGCAAGGAGCAGUAUGCAUUCUUAUACAGGAGUGACAAGGUGACUGUCACGGACAGCUAUGUGUAUCACGACAACCAAGAUAUAUUUCAAAGAGAACCUUUUGUCGUCCGUUUCCAAGCCAAAGAAGCAUACGUGUCGGACUUUGCUAUGGCUGCCAUACACACUUCUCCAAAAGAUGCAGAAAAAGAGAUCGACCAUUUGGUCGACGUUUAUGACGACAUUGUGCGACGAUGGAAAUUGGAAGACGUUAUGAUUCUAGGCGACUUCAACGCAGGCUGCAGCUAUGUCACUAAGUCUGAGUGGAGAAAAGUUAGGCUUGCAACGGAAAAGCGAUUCUAUUGGCUAAUUUCUGAUCAGAUGGAUACCACUGUGGCGAAAUCCGAUUGCCCGUAUGACAGGAUUGUAGUCGCCGGGUAUAACAUGACCAGAGGAGUUUUUGCAGACAGUGCCUAUGUGUUUAAUUACAAAGACGCUUACGGAUUGACUGAAGACGAGGCGGAGAAAGUGAGUGAUCACUGGCCCGUUGAGAUACAAUUCAAGGAUUCUACUUACAGAGACGAGGAAGAGUUCUUCAAAGAGUCUGUUACAGUCACCAUCAGGGAUAAGAGUACACCAAAGGUCGAGAAAUAUGAGCUUUACCCGCUGCGUUCCAAAACGAAAAACCCACUUCUGAGGCAAGGUUUCACUGCGGAAACUUUUCUCGACAACGCCCGUAAAAUUGACACAAUCAUCAUCUCAAAGGAAACUACUUCAGUCGGAGAAGCGAGAGAGGCCGUAGAGAUUUUCCGCAAGACUUACCCAGACCUGGUCUCCUCCACACAAGAAGCUGUGAGCAAACGAAAAAUCAGCCAGGUAACACAGGUUGGAGAUGACAACUGCGUCGCUAGACCGCACGAGGCAACAGUCUACCAAAUGCUCUCCAAUACUUGCCAUGCUGUGAAAGUGAAGGAGAUUUAUUCAGUUCAACUUGCGUGUAGUUUGCCGCUUGGCUUGUGUGAGAUCAAAGUAAAAGCAGCUAAUUAAACCAUAUUUCUUUUGGCAUUGCAACGAUUUCCAUUCCGUCAGCUUUUUCGUAAAUUACCAGUAGCCUGCCAUUUUCCGUGGUCUGUUGAGCACAAACCAUUGAACCUGAGAUGAAGGCACACCAUCCAUAUUUGGCGAUACUCUACUUUAGCCCUUUCAUCUUUCGUCCAAUGCUUGGCACAGUAUUAAGUCACACGCUUCAUAACCUAGGAAAAAAUGGGAGCUCUAGAUGCCGGUUUAUUUCACUUGUUUGCUUUAUUUUGGUUCAAUACUUACUCGGGCAGUCCUCGGGCAGUGCAAUGUUAAAUUGAUUAAUCAUGCCAAAUAAAAUUUGAACUGAUCGCUAUUAA